UCACACGACCGGCAAAUUAGGUCACACUGAAACAGAACACCUUCAGGGAUUCACUAAGAGAAGAGUAACUUUAACUUUACUGAUAGAGAUUCCUUUGCCAUUGAAGAUGAAGAUAAUUUCUCUGUGUUGCCCUUUCAAUGGUGUUAUUCCCUUUAUCUCUUGUUCUGCAAUUUCCACAAGGGCUUAUUCUUCGUUAUCCAUUUCUGUAAAGGGUAAACUUGGGUUAAACAUCAAUUUUGAAACCAUUAAGUGUUUAAAUGAUGCUGUUACACUCUUUCAUCAAAUGGUUAGAAUGCAGCCUCUACCUUCACUUCUCGUCUUCUGCCAAUUAUUUAAGACUAUUCUAAAUAUGAAGCAUUAUUCUGAUGUCAUUUCUCUUUUUCGAGAAAUCCAGAACUUGCGUAUCCCAAUUAAUGUUUUCAUCUUGAAUAGUGUGAUUAACAGUUACUGCCUGAUGCAUAAUUCUGAAUGUGCAUUUUCGGUGUUACCCAUUUACUUGAAAAAUGGCAUUCCAUUUGAUGUUGUCACAUUUACCACGCUAAUUAGGGGAUUAUUUGCUGAAAAUAAGGUCAAAGAUGCAGUUGAAUUGUUCAAGAAGUUGGUGAGAGAGAAUAUUUGUGAGCCUAAUGAAGUCAUGUAUGCAACUGUCAUGAAUGGGCUUAGCAAAAGGGGCCAUACUCAAAAAACAUUAAGUUUGCUCCGGUUAAUGGAACAGGGGAACACUAAGCCCAAUAUAUAUAUCUACAACAUUGUUAUAAAUGCCCUUUGUAAAGAUGGAAACUUAGAUAUUGCUAUCAACCUUUUGAACAAGAUGAAGCAAAAAGACAUUCCUCCAAACAUAGUUACAUAUAGUUCAUUGAUUGAUGGUUUGUGUAAGCUCGGUCAGUGGGAAAAGGUUAGGACAUUGUUCUCUGAGAUGGUGAAUCAUAAUAUAUAUCCAAAUGUGCACACCUUCAGCAUGGUGAUUGAUGGACUAUGCAAAGAAGGAAAGGCCGAAGAUGCAGAGGAAGUAAUGAGACACAUGAUUGAAAAAGGUGUAGAGCCUAAUGUAAUCACCUACAUUGCCAUGAUGGAUGGAUAUUGUUUGCGUGGUCAACUAGAUAGAGUGAGGAGAGUUUUUGAUUCCAUGAUAGAUAAGUGCAUUGAGCCUAACAUUAUUAGCUAUAACAUACUAAUAAAUGGACACGGUAAGAGGAAGAAAUUGACUGAGGCCAUGCAAUUGUUUCAUGAAAUUUCUCAAAGGGGAUUAAAACCUAAUAUUGUUACCUACAAUACUCUCUUACAAGGUCUGCUUGAAGUUGGAAGAAUUGGCGAUGCAAAAAGGUUCUUUGAUGAGAUGCUAUCUACGUGGCCUGUACCUAAAUUAUGCACUCUUUGCAUUUUGCUCGGUGGUUAUUUUAAGCACAGACUUGUUGAAGAAGCUAUGUCACUCUUUAAUAAGUCGGAAAGGAAGAUAGAAUAUACUAGUAUUCAAUUCUACAAUGUUGUCAUCAAUGGAUUGUGCAAAAAUGGUAAACUCAACAAAGCUCAUGAGAUUUUUGAGAAGCUUUCUUUAAUUGGAGUGCUUCCGAAUGUGAGAACAUACACUAUAAUAAUAAAUGGAUUCUGUCUUGAAGGGUUUUUGGAUGAAGCUAAAGAUAUGCUUAGAAAAAUGGAGGACAGCGGUUGCUUGUCCGACAAUGUCACUUACAAUGUUAUUAUGCGAGGUUUUCUUAGGUGUAGCAAAAUUAGUGAAAUGACAACUUUUAUGAAGGAAAUGAGCGGAAGGGGCUUCUCAUUUGAUGCAACUACAGCUGAGUUACUAGAAAAGGCUAUAUGCGAGAAUCCUUCCGUCCUUGACAUGUUACCAGAGCUUCACUCAAAAAAUAAGAAGUGAAUAUUUUUGUCACUUGGUUUAUUCGGCUACAUUAUAAUUGUCAUACAGUUUCUGCUUAUCACUGCAAUUUGAAAUGGAAUCCAAUGCAUUUUGGAAGCUGAAGAAAUGGCAAUUGAAGCUUUGUUUGGGCUUUCCAGGCAGGCAUAUUGAAGAGGUUUGUGCUUUGGCUUUCUGGCUUUGGUCAUCAGUGCCACUUGGAUAUACUUGGGCAUCAAAAGAAGACAACUCAUAAGACUCGGAAAAGUUUUUUCAGAAAAAUGGCAGUUUGUUAUUGACACAGAACUCAGAUCAAUGAGGGCAGCAUGGAGUAUGCAGCUAAUAUCUUUACAGCAGCAGAACUCAAAAAAGUCACCCACAACUAAGAUGAGGAUCAUAUCCUCGGCCGUGGUGGUUAUGGAACGGUUUACAAAGUCGUCCUUCCGGACAAACGUGUGGUUGUGAUUAAAAAGUCGAGACUAAUGGACGAGAGCCAAAUAGUAUUGUUCAUUAAUGAAGUGAUCAUUCUUUCGCAAGUCAAUCAUUGACAUGUGGUGAAACUCUUGGGUUGUUGUUUGGAGACUUAAGUCCUCUACUAGUGCACGAGUUCAUCUCCAAAGGUACCUUCUAUUACCAUAUCCACGAUGGCGGAGAAACGUGCUGGUUUUCUUGGGAAAAUUGAUUGAGGAUAGCAUGCGAAGCUGCUGGUGCUCUCGCGUAUCUUCAUUCUGCAGCCUCCACCCCUGUAAUUCAUAGAGAUUUGAAGUCUAUGAACUGUAUGAGAAUUACACAGCGAAAAUUUCAGAUUUCGGAGCUUCUAGAUUACUGUCACUGGAUCAAACUCAAGUGACUACAUUGGUUCAAGGAACUUUAGGUUACUUGGAUACUGAAUACUUCCACACAAGCCAAUUGACAGAAAAGAGCGACGUUUAUAGGUUUGGAGUAGUUCUUCCAGAGCUCUUAACAGGGCGAAUGCGCCUAGAUACUGCAGCAUCUGAAAACGAGAGAAGCCUAGCUGCAUUUUUUGUCAGGUGUAUUAAGG